CAAUUUGAGCAUGGCGCCCCUCGAGAUGCCGCGAGGAAACGAGUCCCGGGCGACCGGGUGGAUCUCCUCCAUCCUACAGGGACCCCGCGAGCCCUAAUUUUCGCCCCCAUUCCCCAACGGGAUCAAUCUAGCUCGCCUCCUGAUUCCUGAAGUCCAGAUCGAUGUCCUUCACCUCGGCGCCUCGCGGAAUGGUUUCCAGAUCGAGCUCGGUUUGAGGCCAGCCACCGUCGCCUCACUCAGCCUCAAACUUCUCCAGGCCGCCGAGGCGACGGAACCCAACAAGCUCUAGAUGCCGCCAUAGCUCGCCGCCGUCGCUCCGCGCGUCCUGUCUCCGAGGUUGGCCGCACUCGACGGAGCACCAUGUCGGACAGGAGACGUGCGACCCAGUUUGAGGACCUGCCUGAGGAGAUCAUCGUCGAUCAGAUACUCAUCCGGUUGCUGUCCAAGGACGUCGGCCGCUACCGUGCUGUCAACACCUCGUGGCACCAUGCCACCUCCACGCCUCAAUUCAUGCUCGAACACCGCCGCCGCCAGCCAUUGCUCCCCAUCAUAGACGGACAACGGAAGCCUUCCAGUUACGCAGUCUACACUGGUGCUGGCGCAUCUGGUCAACAGCUCUGGCCCUUCCUCCCGGGCUCCAAAACCCGUUAUAAUGCCUUAUUCGCUAGUUGUGAUGGCCUCCUCAUCGUCAACUAUGGACCCCGAUUAUACAUCUGCAAUCCUGUCAUCCGCAGGCAUGCUCUCUUACCCCUGCUUGUCUAUGGCCAAGGCUUUGUGAACAUUGUAAUUGGUUUCUACCGGCACCAUCCAACUAAGGAUUACAGGGUGCUCUUGGUCUCACAGAACUAUCCUAAAUACAGCUUACACAACCUCACAGUGGGAUCUGACGAGUCAAGGCAUAUCAAAGUCACAAUGCCAGCAGUCUCGUUGCCUUCUGUUGAACAGAAGUUACUGAAUCGGCUGACAGAUUUGCGCCAUUGUCCGCCACCAGUUCAGCACCGUGGCAACCUGCACUGGUGUCCUUAUGGUGCCCGUGACAUCACGGAAGGUGGCGGAGACAUUAUUGUGUUUGACACAGAAGCUGAGUCAUUCCGGUGGGUGCGCAGUCCCGGCCAGCUGUGCUAUAAUAGGAAGUUGUUCGACAUGAAGGGGACACUUGCUUUUUGGGGCGGCUCGGCUCCCGAUUUCAUCACUAUAAAUGUCUGGGUGAUGCAGGAUUACGAGGCUGAGAUCUGGGCUUUCAAGUGCCGGAUUGACCUGUCAACGGUGGACUCAUCACGGCGACUUUAUACAACUUCUUUGAAAAAGAAAAGGAAAAAGAAAACACCGCUUGAUUCAACGGUGACAUUGUUCAAUGAUAUGGUUGUGCUCAACGACCGUGAGCUGCUGAUCAAGUUCAAUGGAAAACAUGUGCUGCGCUGCGAUAUUGAUGGAAAGUUCUUAGGAAUUGUGAACCUUGGAACAUGUCAAUAUCAGAUUUCGCUUACUCAGCACCGCUUCCAAGAGAGCAUUGUUCCAAUUCCUUAUCAUGGGAUGCAAGAAGAAGAUGAGGAGUCUCCGUUCUACACAGGGCAUGUCUGAAUGUUCAGGACUACUGCUUUGCCUUCGGAUUGAGAGCAUGCCUUUUAUAAUUGAUCUCUUCUUACUUAUUAGUGCUACCACUAGAACAUUUUAUUUUGGAUGGUUGCAAUAGCACAUUCGCUGUCAUCAUAUGGUUCUUUCUUAUUAUCAUGUCUCGAACAUCUUGUUAAUGUUCUGUACUGGGGAGUACAUACUGAUCUAUGAUAUUACAACUUCAUUUCUGUUCC